AAUAAAAUGAAUAUUCCUAUGCCAUAAGCCAAACCACUUACUCAAGAUAAUUCAAAACUCCAAAGCGAAGUCAUUGGACUCUUCAAGUCAGGAGAUCUUAAAUGGAAUACUGGUGGGACCAUCCAGGAGAAAAAGGAAGGACUCAAUUACAUUGUUUAAGGUUUAAGGAAAAUGCAAUUGUGGAUUGAAAGUAUUUUCUCUAUAUUCUAUCAUAAAAGGAGAGUAUGAUGCAGAGAAGAGGAAAUAACUCUAACUUUAAUAUGAUGCAAGAAAAGAAGAAACAUGUAAAAGACUAGAGGCACUGGAGAAAUAUGAAAAAGGUGAAAUUGUUUAAGAGACAAGUGGGAAUGGAGGCAGCAACCAAUAACAAUAGAAGUAAAAUUGUUCAAUACCUUAGAAAAUAAGGAGAAAAAGAUACAAAGAGUGAAUUAUCUAAUGCACUCUCAGAAGCUAUUGUGAAAGAUAAACCUAAUGUUAAAUGGACCGAUAUUGCAGGAUUAGAUGCAGCCAAAUCAGCCUUACAAGAAGCUGUCCUCCUUCCCAUCAAAUUCCCUGAUUUCUUUGAAGGAGCAAGAACUCCUUGGAAGGGAAUCCUAAUGUAUGGAGUAAAAUUUUAAAUUUAACAAAUAGCCCCCUGGAACAGGAAAAACCUAUUUGGCAAAGGCAUGUGCAACAGAAGCAGAAGGAACCUUCUUCUCUGUAUCUUCUGCUGAUCUCAUCUCUAAAUAUGUGGGAGAGAGUGAAAAACUGAUUAAGACACUAUUUACUAUGGCUAGAGAAUAGAAGCCAUCCAUUAUUUUCAUAGAUGAAAUCGAUUCCAUGUGUGGAGCAAGAGGAGAAGGCUAAAAUGAUGCAAGCAGAAGAGUAAUCACUGAAUUCUUAGUUUAAAUGUAAGGAGUCGGACAUGAUGACAAGGGAGUCUUGGUUCUAGGUGCAACCAAUCUUCCAUGGGCUCUAGAUACUGCCAUUAGGAGAAGGUAUUACUUUUACUCAAAAUAUAUAGAUUUGAAAAAAGAAUCUAUAUUCCACUUCCUGAUGUGUAAGCUAGAGAAUAUAUGAUCUAAAAUUCUCUCAAGAAAACCAAGACUACAUUAACAAAAGAGUAAUUUGAAGACCUGGCCGUAAAAACUGAAGGAUACUCUGGAUCAGAUAUUAGUGUCUUGGUUAGAGAUGCUGUCUAUGAACCAGUUCGUAAAUUACAAUCAGCCAAGAAAUUCAAGUAAAUCCCAGUCAAUGGUCAAUUGAAAUGGACUCCAGUUGCCGAGAAUGAAGAUGGAACUCCUAAGACAUUCAUGGAAUUAAGUCAAGGAGAUAUUGCCAUUCCUGAUGUUUGCUACAAUGAUUUCUUACUAGCUUUGAAAAAAUCCAAGAAAUCUGUUUCACAAGAUUAAUUAGGAGAAUUUGAAAGGUGGACUAAAGAAUUUGGACAAGAAGGUUGAUUGUUUGCCU